UAUUGCACUAAUUUCUUUCUGUUGAUAUGUCUUCAUAGAUUACACACACUCUGCUUGCAGGAAUACUUAUCAGGGUUUUAAUGGAAUGGAUCGAGAUUAUGGCCCUGGAUCUUAUGGAGGGAUGGAUCGUGACUAUGGCCAUGGAUCCUAUGGGGGUCAAAGAUCCAUGGACUCCUACCUAAACCAGUCAUAUGGCAUGGACAAUCACAGUGGUGGUGGUGGGGGUAGCAGGUUUGGACCUUAUGAGUCUUACGACUCCAGGUCUUCUCUGGGUGGGCGAGAUCUAUACAGAUCUGGCUAUGGUUUUAAUGAACCCGAACAAAGCCGCUUCGGAGGUAGUUAUGGUGGUCGAUUUGAGAGCUCCUACCGGAAUAGCCUUGACUCUUUCGGAGGUAGAAACCAGGGCGGGUCUAGCUGGGAAGCACCUUACUCCCGUUCAAAAUUGAGGCCUGGGUUUAUGGAGGACAGAGGAAGAGAGAAUUACUCUUCCUACAGCAGUUUUUCUUCACCCCAUAUGAAGCCUGCACCUGUAGGCUCUCGGGGGAGAGGAACGCCUGCUUAUCCUGAAAGUACGUUUGGAAGCAGAAACUAUGAUGCUUUUGGAGGACCAUCAACAGGCAGAGGCCGAGGCCGAGGACAUAUGAGUGAUUUUGGAAGCAUUCAUAGACCUGGAAUUGUUGUUGACUAUCAAAAUAAAUCCGCCAAUGUGACAGUUGCUGCUACAAGAGGAAUAAAGAGAAAAAUGAUGCAACAAUUUAAUAAGCCCAGUGGAACCUUCAUCAAGAAACCCAAGCUAGCAAAACCUGUGGAGAAGAUGAGCCUCAGCAAAUCACCUAAUAUCCUAGCAAAAAUUGAUCCAAAAAAUGAAGAAGAAGAAGAAAAGCGGCGAAUUGAGGCUCGGCGAGAGAAACAAAGGCGCAGAAGGGAAAAAAACAGUGAGAAAUAUGGAGAUGGAUACAGAAUGGCAUUCACAUGUUCAUUUUGUAAAUUUCGAACGUUUGAAGAAAAAGAUAUUGAACUGCAUCUGGAAAGUUCUUCACACCAGGAAACAUUAGAUCAUAUUCAGAAACAAACUAAAUUUGAUAAAGUAGUUAUGGAGUUUUUGCAUGAAUGUAUGGUGAAUAAAUUCAAGAAAACAUCUAUUCGUAAACAACAGACAAAUAAUCAAACAGAAGUAGUCAAAAUAAUUGAAAAAGAUGUUAUGGAAGGUGUUUCUGCAGAUGAUCACAUGAUGAAAGUAGAGACUGUUCACUGCAGUGCUUGUAGUGUGUAUAUCCCUGCUUUACAUAGCUCAGUUCAGCAACACUUAAAGUCUCCUGAUCAUAUCAAAGGGAAGCAGGUUUAUAAGGAACAAAUAAAAAGAGAGAGUGUCUUGACUGCUACAAGCAUUUUGAAUAAUCCAAUAGUGAAGGCGCGAUAUGAACGUUUUGUCAAGGGUGAGAAUCCUUUUAAAAUUCAAGAUCAUUCUCAAGAUCAGCAAAUAGAAGGAGAUGAAGAGGAGGAAGAAAAGAUUGGUGAACAUAUUGAAGAGGAGGAAGAAGAGGAAGAAGAGGAGGAAGUGGGGGAAGUGGAGGGAGUAGGGGAAGCAGAGGGAGUAGAGGAAGUAGAGGGUGUAGAGGAGGCAGAGCGUGUAGGGGAAGCAGAGGAAGUGGUGGGGGUAGAGGAAGCAGGAGAAGGUGAAGGAAUAGAGGGAGUGGGGGACAUAGAGGGAACAGGGGAAGGAACGGGAGUGGGAGAAGGAACGGGAGUGGGGGAAGGAGAGGAAGAAGCAGCAAAGGAAGAGCAUGUAAGCCUUCCUGCUGACCAACCAGAAGAAAAUUAAAUAUAAGGUAUUAGAUAUAAAAGAAGCUUUAAAUUUCUGUCCUAAUGUGGAAAAGGGUAAGAAUUUUAAUAGUUUAAAAUAAGAGAGUUAACACCCAUGUUGCAUGCAUUCCACACAUUAAAAUUUUAUUUUAUAUAAUUUUUAAAUGUUUGGCAUUUGUUUAAAUAAAAUGAAGGUAUUAGUUUAGUUUUUAUAGUUACCCAACUUAGAUUCAAUAAAUUGUUUGUAUAAUUUGUAAGCUUAAUUUUUAUUACUUUAUUGGUGUUAGGAUAACAGAUAUGUAUUGUUAGUAUAUCUAUUCUAAUCAUUUGAACUUAAAUGCUGCUCUUGGGAGUAUAUAUUCAAGUGUGCAUUAAUGUUUUGAAUACUUACCCUGGAAGAGAUUAAUUGGGCAAGUAUUUUGUGCUCUGUGUAUUUUUUUACUGCAUUGAACAUUGAAUAGUAAUUUGCGUUAAGAUACGCUUCAAGGCUUUUUGUGACCAUGUUUCCCUUUGUAGUAAUAAAAUGUUUUUUACAAAAACUCUA